UGUUUAUGCUCUGGAGAAAGGAUUUUAGGGUUCAUAGCAGUCACUGUGAAGUGCUGACGCUAUGCAUAGGUUUACAGUUUGUAGGGAGAUGAGAGCCAGUGCUCCUAAAUUGGCUUUCAAUUGGUUUAUCUCUUCAUACCAUCUCUCCAGAUCUGUACAUUCGCUGACUUUUGCUACUCUAGAAGCUGAACGAAUCUCAGGAUCCCAACCUGCUGAAGUACAGAACUUGGUGCAGGGUAGGUGGACAAAAGCGUCCACUUGGAAUACAGUUGUGGAUCCAUUAAAUGGAGAACCAUUUAUUAAAGUUGCCGAAGUAGAUGAAGCAGGGAUAGAGCCUUUUGUGGAGAGCUUGUCCAAGUGUCCAAAAUCUGGUCUUCAUAAUCCUUUUAAAGCACCAGAGAGAUAUCUUAUGUAUGGUGACAUAUCUACGAGGGCUGCACAUAUACUUUCUCAACCUGAGGUUUCGGAUUUCUUCACAAAGCUAAUUCAAAGGGUCUCUCCAAAGAGUUAUCAACAGGCCCAAGCUGAGGUUUAUGUAAGCCGCAAAUUUUUGGAGAAUUUCUGCUGUGAUCAGGUCCGUUUCCUAGCAAGGUCUUUUGCUGUACCUGGGAAUCAUCUUGGACAACAAAGUCAUGGUUUCCGGUGGCCAUAUGGUCCUGUGGCAAUAAUCACUCCCUUCAAUUUUCCUCUAGAGAUCCCUAUACUGCAAAUGAUGGGUGCACUUUAUAUGGGCAAUAAGCCUGUUGUUAAAGUUGAUAGCAAGGUCAGCAUUGUAAUGGAGCAAAUGCUUCGGCUGCUUCAUGAUUGUGGCUUACCGAGGGAGGAUGUUGACUUCAUCAAUUCUGAUGGGAAGACAAUGAACAAGCUGUUAUUAGAGGCAGAACCAAGAAUGACUCUUUUUACUGGAAGCUCUCGAGUAGCAGAUAAGUUGGCUGUGGACCUUAAGGGACGAAUUAAAUUGGAAGAUGCAGGUUUUGACUGGAAGGUUCUAGGUCCUGAUGUGCAAGAGGUCGAUUAUGUUGCCUGGGUCUGUGAUCAGGAUGCAUAUGCAUGCAGUGGUCAAAAAUGCUCAGCGGAAUCAAUUCUGUUCAUGCAUGAGAACUGGGCUAAAAGUUCACUUCUUUCCAAGAUGAAAGAUCUCGCUGAGAGAAGAAAGCUUGAGGAUUUAACCAUUGGCCCUGUUCUUACUUUCACAACUGAAGCAAUGCUAGAGCACAUGAAUAAACUUCUUCAGAUACCAGGAUCAAAGCUACUCUUUGGUGGUGAAGCUUUAGAAAACCAUUCUAUUCCAAAUAUAUAUGGUGCUAUAAAACCAACUGCUGUUUAUAUUCCUAUUGAAGAAAUACUGAAGGACAAGAACUAUGAGCUCAUCACAACGGAAAUCUUUGGACCAUUCCAGGUUAUUACAGAGUAUAAACAGGAUCAGCUACCAAUGGUGUUGGCUGCUCUAGAGAGGAUGCAUGCACAUUUAACAGCUGCAGUGGUUUCAAAUGAUCCCUUGUUUCUACAGGAAGUAAUUGGGAAUUCUGUGAAUGGGACUACAUAUGCUGGACUUCGGGCACGAACCACAGGAGCUCCACAGAAUCAUUGGUUUGGACCAUGUGGAGACCCCCGUGGUGCGGGAAUUGGGACCCCAGAAGCAAUAAGGCUUGUCUGGUCUUGCCAUAGAGAAAUCAUAUAUGAUGUUGGUCCCCUGCCUCAACAUUGGGAGACCCCACCAUCCACCUAACAAGGAGUAAAGGCUGCAGGUCAACAGGCAGAAGCUGAGAUGGAGUCCCUAAGCCCUCAUGGUCUUUACUCAUUGUAGACAGAAAUGCUAAUGUGACCACUUCAUCUGGCCCCUUGAUCUGCCUUUGUAUAGCACAAGUUCAGUUCUAGGGUAACUCUCUGGGAUUUGUAAUUGUCACAGAUUAAUUGCUGGGUGGUCUAAGAAUGAAGGGCGAUCAUAGUUUCAAAAAUAAAUUACAAUAAAAGAAGGGUGGUCUCCCUGGGACUCUAGUAAAUUUUAGUA